GCGCGGCCCGGGAAGCAGCGCUGAGUCCCAGCGCGGCCCGGCAGAGGCGCGGCUGGCGGCGGUGGCACGCGCGGAGCUUGGGGCGCGCUUUCAGGGGGGCUGCCUCCGCACCCCGGGACCCUGGCAGAGCCGCGCUGGGCGCACGCACUCAUGAGGGAGAGCGGGGACAUGGACUGCUACCUGCGGCGCCUCAAACAGGAGCUGGUGUCCAUGAAGGAGGUGGGCGAUGGUCUGCAGGAUCAGAUGAACUGCAUGAUGGGGGCGCUGCAGGAACUGAAGCUUCUCCAGCUGCAGGCGGCUCUGGAACAGCUGGAGAUCUCCGGCGGGAGCCCUGGUGCAGGCUCUCCCGAAAGGCCCUGGACACAGUCCGAGUCCCCCAGACGGUGGCAGGGUGCCCGAGGUCCUGCCAAGCCUGCAGCCUGCGUCCCUUCCAGCCAUUCUUCUCAUGACAAGGGCCCCGAGUUUCCACCCUGCAGGACUGGCUGUGGGAGAGACCAGGACCCGCCGCCCGAGCCCCGGGGUUGGGCCCCACCAGGCCCGGAGCUGGACGAGGCUCAUGACUGGCCGUCCACGCUGAUGUCCCAUGGCCGGAACCGCCAGCCUCUGGUGUUAGGGGACAACGCUUUUGCUGACUUGGUGGGCAACUGGCUGGACCUGCCGGAAAUGGAGAAGGGUGGUGAGAAGGGAGAGACUGGGAGGGAGGGCAUGCCCAGAACACCACGGGGCCCGUCCUGGGAGCUGGGCCGCCGCUUCGCCCUCACCGCGAACAUCUUCCGCAAGUUCCUGCGCAGCGUGCGGCCGGACCGGGACCGGCUGCUGAAGGAGAAGCCAGGCUGGGCAACCCCCACGGCCCCCAAGCCCCACCCCGGCCGCACUCACAAGGCCAGGAAGUGGAGCCGUGCCAAGAAGGGCUGUGGACAGUUUCCGUUCCUCGGCCACGCUGAGUCCAGGCGAGAGGAGAUGCGCUCCAGCGGCUGCCCCCAGGCCCUGCGGCCCUCACCCUCGGGCUUCGAUAUUAACACUGCAGUGUGGGUCUGAAUCCCAAAGACCCAACAUUGACUCAUUCCCCCCAACCCCCCUGUUGGACCCCAGGGGAGGAAGGUGAUAUGGCUUUCGAAAGCCAAACUUUGUUCCUUUCCCCUAGAAACGAGGGAGAAGCAAUAGGGGUGUACAGAGCACUGGGGCGGUGCCCUGGGUGGGGGACUAGAGAGACAGAGAGAGCAUGUGUACUGUGUGUACUGCUAUGGAGAGGAAUGGGGGAGGGACCAGGAAACACCCUCGAUAUUCUUGCACUAGCCCCUAAGACCUCAGAUGAACCUUCUGUACAAUCUGGAGGCACCAGACCUUGGGCCCCCAAUAAAGAGCUUGUCUCCAGUG